AUGACCCUGCAGUGCACCAAGUCAGCCGGACACUGGCGGAUGGUGGUGUGGGAUGAAGAGGGCUUCCAGGGCCGACGGCAUGAGUUCACAGCUGAGUGUCCCAGUGUGCUGGAGCUUGGCUUUGAGACUGUGCGAUCUUUGAAAGUCCUGAGUGGAGCGUGGGUGGGCUUUGAGCAUGCUGGCUUUCAAGGGCAACAGUACGUGCUGGAGAGGGGCGAGUACCCGGCCUGGGAUGCCUGGAGUGGCAACACAGCCUACCCUGCUGAGAGGCUUACCUCCUUCCGGCCUGUGGCCUGUGCUAACCACCGUGACUCUAGGCUGACCAUCUUUGAGCAGGAGAACUUCCUCGGCAGGAAAGGCGAACUGAGCGAUGACUACCCCUCUCUGCAGGCCAUGGGCUGGGACGGCACUGAAGUGGGCUCCUUCCGUGUUCAAUCUGGGGCGUGGGUUUGUUCCCAGUUUCCUGGCUACCGAGGUUUUCAGUACGUACUGGAGAGUGAUCACCACUCGGGUGACUACAAGCACUUCAGGGAGUGGGGCUCCCACGCUCACACCUUCCAGGUGCAGAGUGUGCGCAGGAUCCAGCAGUGA